AUGUCCCUCUCCACAGAAGCCCAGUCGCUCCUGCUGGCCGCCACAGACCACAACCUCCUCCUCCUCCGCUCUCUGCUAAAAUCCCACACUCCAAACGUCCAAGAACCCGCCACCCUCCGAACACCACUCCACCUUGCCAUCGCUUCUUUCGAAACAAAUCCCCUCCCUCUUCCUUCAAACCAAGAAUCUCAUCACACAAACGGAAGCAAUGGAGCUUCAAUUGAAAGAAAAGAAGACGAACUCUCUCUCCCGCCGCUGACAAAGGCUACAAAAACCCUAGAGUUAUUACUCCAAAACGGGGCGAUAUGGAAUUCCUUAGAUAUCAAUAACGAAACUCCAGGGUGUAUUGCUUAUAGACUUGGAUUGAAGGAGUUAUACGAAGUUAUGGUUGAUGCUGGUGUUCGUGCUGAACUAUUAUUUGGAAGGUUGGAUGGGUAUAUGGCUCUCGACGACGAGGAUGACGACGAAGACGACGGCGAAGAAAUGGAUGAAGAUGCCAUAAUAGACAUCUCGACAGAACAGAAUAAAGAUACACAGGAAGGAAUAGAAGAAGAGGAAGCACCGGAAUUAGUAUCAACGGAGCAAACAGCUUUAGAAAAAGCAACAGAGGAAGCUAUACCCGUCACAAGCGAUGUAUACCUCUCCUCCACACUCUCAAUCGAUGACGAUAAAAUCCUCGAUGAAGACAAAAACGGCGUAAUGAUGUCCUGGGAAUCCCACAUAAUGUCCCUAACCGUCCAGCACCUCCUAACACCCGCCAUCCCCACCGGUCCAAAGAUCUUAAACAUAGGCUACGGCAUGGGAAUAAUCGACUCCUACUUCCAAUCCUCCUCCCCUACCCCCUCAUCCCACCAUAUAAUAGAAGCCCACCCUCAAAUCCUUCAAAAGCUAUCAACCUCCCCUCUUUCAAAGAAUCCAAAUGUAACAAUCCACUCCGGAAAAUGGCAAGAAAUCCUUCCCAAGUUGGUAAACGAUGGAGAUGUCACUUUUGACGCUAUUUAUUUCGAUACAUUUGCCGAGGAUUAUUCGCAACUUAAACUGUUUUUUACAGAGUAUGUUAUUGCGUUGUUGAACCCGGAAGGGAAGUUUGGGUUUUUCAACGGUCUUGGGGCAGAUAGACAGAUUGCCUAUGACGUUUAUAAGAAGGUUGUCGAUAUUGAUUUACUUGAAGCUGGGUUGGAGACUGAAUGGAUAGAAGUGGAGGUGGAUAGUAAGAAGAUGGAAGGAGAUGGAGAAUGGAAGGGUGUCAGGAGGAAAUAUUGGGAUCUGGAGAAGUAUUGGCUGCCGGUCAGUCGAUUCAUCGGUUAA